AUGUCGGAAGAGGAUGAGAAGAGAGCCAAACAACUAGAAGAGGCCAGAAAGAGAGUCGAAGAAUUGAAGAAUAAGAAAAAGAAUAAAAAUAAGAACAAGAAGAACAAGAAUAAGAAUAAGAACGCUGAGAAAACUGAUGAAGCUUCUGAUAUUGCUCUAGAAAAAGUUAACAGUAAUGAUGUUACUGAAGAGACUCCCGACGUGUCUGUUACUGAAAAUGAAUCUGAAUCAGUAGAACUAGAGACAGCUGUUGUGGAGAACAAGGAAACCGUGUCUACAGACACCGAAGAGACUCCAGAAACGAAUAAAUUUACGACUCAACAGACUAAGACUGAAAAUUUGGAGACUAAGAGUGAAGAAGUUACAGAAAGUGCAGUCGAAACACCAGAAAAUGAACCAACAGAAAAUGAAUCUGUUGCUGAGACUGAAGAAAUAACGAAUGAUGAACCUGCAGUAGAAGAACCUGUUACGGAAGAAACACCUGUAACAAAGGAAGCUGAUAUUGAAGAACCAGUAGCAGAUGAAGCAACUAUAGCGAAGGACUCUGAGAAGAAUGAUGCCGAUAAAUUAUUCGAUGGUAAUGACCAAGAAGAAGACGAAGGUGAUGACUUUAUGAGCACAAUUCAAAAGGAAAAAGAUAAUAUUGAGAUUGAAAACUUGAAUUCACAAAUCGAAAAGAUGGCUGAAGAGAUUAAGAAACUGAAAUUUAUGAAUAUGGAACAAGAGACUACGAUUGAAGAUCAAGAAGCAGAAUUAGAACAAAAUAAAAUUACUUUACAAUGUGCCACUUCUGAUUUACAAAACGCAAACAAUGAAAUUGCAAAUCUGAAAAAUAAAUUGAAUGAGGCUGAGAGUAGGAUUGGCUCUCAAGAACCUGUUCCUGCCAUUCAAUUUGCCCAAUUCAAUUCUCCACAACCUACCCAAUUACCUACGCAAGGUAAGAACGAUUACAACAAUGACCAACAAUAUGUUCAAGCUCCAGUGAUAGAUCGUGUAAUGUUAGACAAAUGGCAUAACUGGAACAUUGAUAUGACUUCAUGGAGAAGUAUCGGUUCUGGUCCAAUUGUUGAGUUUUAG